AAAAAAAGUUGCAGACACACCUCGAUCUCAUCGAAUCUCCUCUUACAUAUCACUUCACAGCUGACACCAAGCAAACCUAUUCCCCUCUUUCCUCUCUCUCUAGGCUCUCACAGAAAACAUUAGAAAGGUCGUGAGAAUGGCGGCAACAGCAGCUUCAAGCUUGCAACUUGCUACAAUAAGGCCAAGCAUUUCUGCUGCCUCUUGCAAAGUUCUUAAAGCAGGGACCUACAUUGUCGGUGGCGAUCCCAGGAACGCAUCAUGGGACAAACUUGCCUGCACUCACCAUCUAUGGAACCUCGGAUGUUUGAGAAGCAACAGUUCUCGUCCAACUUCUAAAAAGAGUUUUUCCUUUUCAACAAAGGCCAUGUCUGAAUCCAGAGAAAGCAAGGCUUCUGCUGGACUUCCUAUUGAUUUGAGAGGGAAAAGGGCUUUCAUUGCUGGCAUUGCUGAUGAUAAUGGAUAUGGUUGGGCCAUUGCCAAAUCUCUUGCUGCUGCUGGAGCUGAAAUAUUGGUUGGGACAUGGGUUCCUGCACUUAACAUUUUUGAGACAAGCCUGAGACGUGGAAAAUUUGACCAGUCACGCGUGCUGCCUGACGGGUCUUUGAUGGAGAUUAAAAAGGUUUAUCCUUUGGACGCUGUGUUUGACAAUCCUGAAGAUGUGCCUGAAGAUGUGAAAGCUAAUAAGCGAUAUGCUGGAUCAUCAAACUGGACAGUACAGGAAGCAGCUGAAUGUGUAAAAAAAGAUUUUGGUACCAUUGACAUUCUUGUCCACUCACUUGCAAAUGGACCAGAGGUUAGCAAACCUCUUCUGGAAACAUCAAGAAAAGGCUAUCUCGCUGCUAUCUCUGCUUCGAGUUACUCUUUCGUUUCCCUCCUCAGGCAUUUUCUGCCAAUUAUGAACCCAGGAGGUGCUUCUAUAUCUCUUACUUACAUUGCCUCUGAAAGGAUCAUUCCUGGGUAUGGUGGAGGUAUGAGCUCUGCGAAAGCCGCACUAGAGAGUGAUACACGGGUGCUUGCAUUUGAAGCUGGAAGGAAACAGAACAUUAGGGUGAACACCAUCUCUGCAGGUCCUUUGGGAAGCCGAGCAGCAAAAGCAAUUGGGUUCAUAGACACCAUGAUUGAGUAUUCAUACAACAAUGCGCCUGUUCAAAAAACAUUGACCGCAGAUGAAGUUGGGAAUGCAGCAGCCUUCUUGGUAUCUCCAUUGGCCUCUGCCAUAACUGGUGCAACCAUCUAUGUUGACAAUGGUUUGAAUUCAAUGGGUGUUGCCAUCGACAGCCCAGUUUUCAAAGACCUCAAAUAGAGACUUUUAAGUAACUGUGGAUUGUGGAAACUCUUUUUCUAGUGUUUCAUUUGUUUUCUUUCAGUUGAGUGUGUUUUUUCAAACAACUUUGUUUCUGGAACAAAAUAAAAUAUUUAACACAAUCAGAACGAACUCUAGUCAAAAAAAUCAGAAUGCAAU